CAAUUGCCAUCCCAGAGAACCUUCACCACCUAAAGAAUCGCCCCUCUCUACAAAAGCUAAUGACACCUGAGCAGUCUCGCCAAUGACAAGUUCUGCCCCAUCCUCCCCACCAUGCUUUCCACCCUUCAGUGCACUUCUUGCCCCAGAACAAUUGCGGCCAGUUUCCGUCAACUGCGCGAGUCCAGAAAUCAAUAAGGACAACGACGACCAGAGUAGUGUGCCCCUCCAAUUGUUCCCACCACACUGAUCAAUCAAUCGUGGAUUACCGUGCCAUACCCACAAACAAACCAGUAACCAGUUAUAGCCUGCAUCGUGGAACAACAUGUCUUCUACCUUGCAAAGACGCCGUGGAGGCCCCAAAGAUGUCAGCAGUGGGCGGACGUCAGGGUCAUUCGAUGAAGAGGAAAAUAGGGUGGACCACAAGAUCGGCUACGAUUCCAAGGAUAUCGUGGAUCGCAGCGUGUUGAAGCUCCCACUCUUGACGUUGAUGGAAGAGGUGUUCAACAUCUCCUAUGCAUUGCGUGGAUGUAUUCUCUUGGAAUUGGCAUUCCGUAACAAGAUCUCGUUGGUCAACGACCCUGCCAGAAGAAGAUUCGAGUUGAGCGACCGCUUGGUAGAGGUCAUUGACUCCGAGCCCACGGGAGAAGUGUUGUUGGACGAGGCGUUGAAGAUUAUGAAAAAUGACGAGUCUCACCUUUCAGUCACCAAUUGGAUUGACUUGUUGAGUGGUGAGACCUGGAAUCUCAUGAAGAUCAACUACCAGCUCAAACAAGUUAGAGAACGUUUGGCCAAGGGGUUGGUCGACAAGGGAAUCUUAAGAACAGAAAGAAAAAACUUCUUCUUGUUCGACAUGGCCACCCAUCCAGUCGCCGACAAGCUCUCCAAGGAAUACAUUAAGAAUAGAGUCCUCAGCUUGUUAGCCACCAGGAAUGUGGAUUUGGAAGCACAGGCCAACGACCAGUUCCCGGUGGACACUUCGUUCAAGUACUUGAGAACAAUUGCUUUGGUUAGCGGAGCCUACGCUGCCAACGUGUUGGAAAACGUGUUAUUAUCUUUGAACUACGAGAAGCGAGAUCAAGCAUUUGCCAGAGCCGACGAGAUCCUCAACGAUUACGGUGACUAUCCGUUCAGAUCAUCUCAUCAAUCUCCCUUGGGCUUAGGCUUAAACUUGGGCCAAGAAGUUACCAAUGAAGUCGAAAAAUGCUCGACCAGCGAGUUGCAAUUAGAAUUGAUUGCAGCUGUGUUGAGCGUAUUUGCAAGAAUGGAUUCCAUUUUAUGAUCAUUUCAUUUCCACCCGAAAGGCAUACAGAUUUUAUCUGAUUACUCCCGGUACAACUCUUACGCUCAACGUACAAUGUAUGUAUAU